AGAUCAGACAAUCGAAUUGUUGAUCAAGAAUAUUGCAUUGCGUGGUUGUUAAAACGCUUGUUUUCCGUAAUCCAUCUAUAAAAGAAGACAACAAUGUCAAGAACGAAGACCCACCACAUAUACAUAAAUCUCAUAGACAUACAAAAGUAGUAAACAAACAGAGGAACCUAAGUUGUGAGAUGGCAGAAGUGAAGUUGCUUGGUGUUUCAAUGAGCCCUUUUAGUCUCAGAGUUGAGUGGGCUCUCAAGAUUAAGGGAGUGGAAUAUGAAUUUAUAGAAGAAGAUUUACAAAACAAGAGCCCUCUACUUCUUGAGUCCAACCCUAUUCACAAGAAAAUUCCAGUUCUUAUUCACAAUGGCAAGCCCAUUUGUGAGUCUCUGGUCAUUGUCGAAUACAUCGAUGAGACAUUUGAAGGCCCUUCCAUCUUGCCUAAAGACCCAUAUGACCGAGCUAUAGCUCGUUUCUGGGCUAAAUUCCUUGAUGAUAAGUGUAUACCAGUAUUGGGGAAAGCUUUGUUUGGAAAAGGAGAGGAAUCAGAAAAAGCUAAGGAGGAAUGUGGUGAGCUGCUAAAGAUUCUUGAUGAUGAGCUCAAGGACAAGUUGUUCUUUGUGGGAGACAAAUUUGGAUUUGCUGAUGUUGCUGCAAACCUUAUGGCAUUUUGGCUGGGAAUUCUUGAAGAAGCCUCUGGAAUUGUUUUGGUCACAAGUGAAAAGUUUCCCAAUUUUUGUGCUUGGAGAGAUAAUUACAUUAACAGUAGCCAAGUCAAAGAAUAUUUACCUCCAAGAGAUAACUUGCUUGCCCAUUUCAAUGCUCGCUUUCAAGCUGCUGCACCUCCCAAAUGAACACUUGUAUAAUUGUGGAAUAACAAGAUUUGUUUUGGCAAUAAAACUAUCUACUUAGUAUAGUAGGUAGUAUCUUGUGUUUUUAUCUGUUUUGCUGGUUUGUCAGUCAUUAUAUGAAAGUGUAGUUUCUUCCAUCUAUAAAACUACCUAUUAGUAAAUGAUAGGAGACGUGUUUAUCUUCC